AGAGAACAACUUCGAGGAAUCGAAACGUGAAUCGAGAGGCUACGAAUGGAGUAUAGGCAACGACGACAUUUGAGACGAAAAGAGACGAAAUUUUCCGAACGCAAGUCCGAACUCAAUAGUCAGUCGGCCGUAUGUAGCAGUACGUGAGGGUUUGUGUAUGUUGUAUUAACAUCGAGCAUAAGAAAAAUUAAAGGGGCACUUACGGGCUAAUAUCCCGCGAGUCGCCAAUAAAACCGCGAUCGGUGGUGAAACAUAAUUACGGACAAUUUUAAUGGCUAUCAGCCGUUGGGCCAUCGCGACGAGUCUUCACAGAAAACUCAUCGCGAGAGAAAAUACCCGUGAGCUUCUGCGUGGUAAUAUCGUCCACCCUAACGUCGUGUUGGGCUGCGCGGCAAGUAUUCGCCUCGGCCAAGGCCCCAUUCGCUCUUCCGUUUCCUUUUCUGUAAUGUGCCAACGCAAGGCCGCCAAUGUGUUUAUAACAGCACGGCGGUGGCGUUGACGGGGUGGCAAACGAUUCCUUGCGGAUCAGCAGCGUCAAGGGUGCCUGGUGUGUCGUUAUAAAAGAGAUCCUACAUUUCAUCACGACUCCAGUGCCAAGCAAAAAAUAGGAAAAGACUACGUCGCUGACUCACUCCUUACUUUGUUUUCCAAGAUCUCAGUAUCCUUGACGCAGCCCUCCCUACGACGGUAGUGAACAGAAACACCAGCUAUACGAGCUGACAUAAACUUUCAAAAAUGUUCACCGGUACAGUUAAAGUUCAAAUAUGUGAGGCUAGUGGCCUGCGUGCCACUGACAAACAUCGAAAAUUUUGGCAGGAUGUACCGCCCAUAAUAGAUCCUUACGUGCUCCUUGAUGUUGACCAAAAUCGUCUCAAUCGUACAUCAAUCAAACCUAAAACCUUCGACCCAGUUUGGAACGAGUCAUUUAUUCAUGAAGUGAAAUCUGCAGCGAUGCUGGGACUAACUGUCUUCCAUGAUGCUGCGUUACCUCCAGAUGAUUUUGUUGCUAAUUGUAGAAUUCCUUUUGAAGAAUUAGCACGUCGUGAAGAUGAAACUACUGAUUUUUGGGUUGAUCUUGAACCACAUGGAAAGUUACGAGUAAAAGUUGAUUUAAAGUGGAGCAAUCAAGAUCAACAGCCAGGAUGCAGUGGUGGCGAAGGAGAAGGAAAAGAAAAUAUUGUAAGCGGUAUUAUGAGUAGCCUCGAACCACGUGGAUUUAUCGAACGUCAAGGAUUCAAACAACGAAGAGGGGCUAUGCGUCGUAGAGUACAUCAAGUUAAUGGACAUAAAUUUAUGGCUACCUUCUUGAGACAACCAUCAUUCUGUUCUCAUUGCCGCGACUUUAUUUGGGGCGUCGGAAAGCAAGGCUAUCAGUGUCAAGUAUGUACCUGUGUUGUCCACAAAAGAUGUCACAAUUUGGUAGUUACGAAAUGUUCUGGAAUGAGAGACGAGGAAAUGGAAACUGUGUUGCAGUCAAAUGAAAACACGCAAGGACAGCGAUUCAGCGUAAAUGUUCCUCACCUCUUCGAAGUACAUAAUUAUAAACGAUUUACAUUCUGCGAUCACUGUGGAUCACUUCUCUAUGGCUUGAUACGACAGGGUCUUCAAUGUAAAGUUUGUAACAUGAAUGUUCACAAGCGAUGUCAAAAGAACGUUGCCAAUAAUUGUGGUAUCGAUACAAAGGCGAUGGCCGAGAUACUGAGCAUGCUAAACAUUUCACCGGACCAGCAAUCAAAGACGCCACGUAUUAACUACAAGACCCAAAGCUCGGCUGGAGAAUCAUCUCAUAGUCCAUCAACACAAAAUAAACAACCACAAUCUACGGAGAAUACUGAGACAAGCUUCCAAUCUCAUGAUCAGUCGAUACCUGAUAUUCCACCGCGCGAUGAGGGAAACGAAAUGCAACGAGUCACACUUGAAGAUUUUAAUUUUAUUAAAGUACUUGGCAAAGGUAGUUUUGGAAAAGUAAUGCUUGCUGAACGUAAAGACAAUCCAGAGGAAGUUUAUGCAGUGAAAGUUCUUAAAAAAGAUGUCAUCAUUCAAGAUGAAGAUGUAGAUUGUACAAUGACAGAAAAACGAAUACUCGCACUUGCAGCUAAGCAUCCUUUCUUAACUGCACUUCACAGCUGCUUUCAAACUCCAGAACGUCUCUUUUUCGUCAUGGAAUACGUUAAUGGAGGUGAUCUAAUGUUUCAAAUUCAAAAAGCUCGAAAGUUUGAUGAAACUCGAGCUCGUUUUUACGCAGCUGAAGUGACGUUGGCGCUGCAAUUUCUUCAUCAACAUGGAGUAAUCUAUCGUGAUCUUAAACUUGAUAAUAUUUUAUUAGAUCGUGAAGGUCAUUGUAAACUUGCAGACUUUGGUAUGUGUAAAGAAGGUAUAGUGGAUGGUCGAACAACAACAACGUUCUGUGGUACACCAGAUUACAUUGCACCAGAAAUACUUCAAGAGUUAGAAUACGGCGCAAGUGUUGAUUGGUGGGCACUGGGUGUGUUGAUGUAUGAGAUGAUGGCUGGACAGCCGCCUUUCGAAGCAGAUAAUGAGGAUGACCUUUUUGAAUCGAUUUUACAUGAUGAUGUUCUUUAUCCAGUUUGGCUCAGUAAAACUGCUGUAUCUAUUCUUAAAGGAUUUAUGACCAAGAAUCCCGCGAAACGUCUUGGAUGUGUUGUUGAUAAUGGUGGAGAACUUGCUAUUAAAGCACAUCCAUUUUUCCAAUGCAUGGACUGGCGAGCACUUGAAGCUCGUAAGCUUAAACCUCCCUUCACACCAAAAAUCAAUAACGAGAAGGAUGCUAUGAAUUUUGAUGCGGAGUUUACUAAAGAAGACCCUGUACUUACGCCAGUUCAUGAUUCUGUACUUCCGUCGAUAAACCAGGAUGAGUUCAGAGGAUUUUCAUUUGUGAAUAGAGACUUCAGUGCAAACAGAUCGAGCUCAUCUUAAUGAAAAUAUUAGAAGAAUGUUAAUUCAACGUCAAGUUAAUCAUGGACGUUUGAAUGACCGGCAUAUUAAGCUCAAUACGCUGCCGAAGUUUGCUUUGGAAUUGUUCAAGAACUGAACAUUACUUCAGACACCUAUGGUAAUUGUAAAAUUGUUUAUCAACAAAAUUUUAAAAAUCGUGCCAGUAAUUGAACGAAUGUAGUUUGAGAAUAUCGUUCAAGGAAAUUUUAUUUUGAUAUUUUUUGAGACUUCACUUGUAGUUUAUGAAGAAAGCUUUAAUUAAUUACAUUCGCUCUGUCUUAUCUUCGAUCCCGCGUCCAAUAAAAUAUCGGAAAAUUGAAAAAUGAGCCUUGCUAAUAUAGAAACAUUUAUACAAGUAUAUAUCAAGGGGAUUGCGAGAUGCAUAAGGCUUUAAGUGUUCCUUUUGAGACAAGUCAAUUUUACUACUGCUACAGUUUGUGAUCAAACAUUACUUGACUGAAGCGUAUAUCUCAAUUAUGGGAAAACUUUACACAUGUCAUUCGACACAAGUCAAAUGUGUCAAAUAUCACACCUUUGAAUUUUCCAGUAUAAUGCUAUGACUACAAUGGAACUUUGAAUAACAGUCAGAUGCUGAGAGUUAUCAUACAGAAAUUUCCCGAUAAAGUGAUGUGGCAAUGAAAUUAUAAAAAUAAUUAACACAAAUUAUUUGCAAGUCAUGUUAUUCUUGCUCUUAGUCAUUUUUUUUUAAUGUUAGGCAUUGUUAAAUCAUUAUAUUCGUGUUUUGUCGGUACAUAAAUGGCACUUAAUCAUAAAUUCAGGUAUUAGAGACAUUCAAGACCACUGGUGGUCUGGUUCAAAGUAUGUAUACAUACAUAUUCAUAUAAAAGUUAUUUUAGUAUAUGUCUAACGUAGUAGUUGAGAGUAUAGAGGGGAGGUUCGAUUGAUUUUAGCAAUUGACACGCACGACGUCACACAGAAUAUUGAAAGCGCAAAACGACUACCUGAUAUUUUAUAUUUAUCCGCACAUAUUUUUUUGCAAUCUUUUACAUUACUUAUUUUCUUUACAAACUCAAUCUAAAUAUAUUCUACCAUUGAUUUCUUUCAUAAUUCAUAUGUUACUAUAUAUUAAAAUUACGUGAGCAAAAUAUUCUUUGAAUAUUUCCGUAAUAAUCAAUUUAUCCAUUUUUUAAUUUAUUUUUUAUGUCAUAAAAGGCAGACGUGUAGCGUUUAUUCAUUAUUCAAAGUAUCAUUACUAUAUUUAAUCGUAACAAGUAUGAGUAUAAAAUAAAGGUAAUUAUUUAGAUUAGAAUUUAUCGAAAUAAUUACCAAAAUAAAUAAAUAAUCUGUUACGAUGAUUAAGAAAAUUAUGGAAUUUCCUCUUAAAAAAAGUGUUUCAAAACUUUAAUUCGUGUUGAUCACGACGUACAAUCGUUAACAAUGAGAAAAAAAAAAUAAGAAGAAAACUUAUUUAAGAUACGUCUAGAUAUAUAACCCAGGUUUAUGAUCGGUUUCAUAGCUAAUAAGUAUAGAUAUGACAAAGUACUCAUUAUUAUCAUUACAUGAUUUUUAUUACUAUUAUUAAUUGAUUGAAUAAUUGAGUAGAUAUAAUUGUCGUGAAUGUUGAUGGGAUAAUGUUAAAUUAAAGAGAAAAAAAAAAAUAAUUAAUAAUUUUGAGCGCAAGUCUUCUUUGUUUCGGGUUAACCUGGCACAAAAAAUAGUUAUUAUUAUAAAAAAAAAAAGUAGUUAUAAAUGUCCAACAAGUGAAAUGGGGACCCGUAAAAAUUGUUGUCGUGAUAUCGUUGUCGUAUUACAUUGCUAUAACGUUGAGAUGUUAAACUUCGUAAUUGAUAUUUAUUUUAUUGAAAAUAAAUUUAAUUAUUUAUAAAUAUUAAGAAUUUGCAUUCGGUGCCAUAAGUUUAUACGUGACUCGCAGUCCAAGAAAAUUUCUGAUGAUUUUGCUUGAAAUCGUACUAUUAAAGGAUAAUAAAUGUUUAUUAAUGAUUUGUUUAUAAAACUAAUAAGAUAAUUUGCUUCAGAAUUUGAUUAGUUAUAUUAUUAAUGUCCGAAUUUUUGUUCUUUGAAUUAUUAACUAAUAUUCUUAAGUUUUUGAUCUCUAUAGAAAUAUGUAGUAAGUAAUAAUGAUAUUAAUUAAUUUAUAAAUUUAUUGAAAUGUGCAAUAAAACUUGCAUCAAUAUAUAAACGUUUCACGAGGAAAGAAGUUAAUGGCGCGACGAUAAUUAAUUGAAAAUAAUAUGGAAUUAAAAUAAUAUACAAAAAAUAUAAAAACUGUAAAUCCAUGUCGGCGUGAAUUGUUUAAUUAAGGAGAUUGAUAAGAAACGAUUAGUCCGGCCUACGAUUAGCAAAAAAAAAUUAAUCCGUAAUUUUGAAAAUCUCGAGUACACUUUAUUGAUUAUAACGGUGAAUUAAAAAUAUAAUAUUACUUAAGAUUGGAUUUUAGAUAGGAUACUCUUUUCUUCUAGGCUCACCUGUUAAACUCGGUAAACGCGUGACGGUAUUGAGAAAUUUCUUUUAUAAUAUUAUUAUUCAUUUCACAACUUUUUCCCAACUUUUUUAAAUGAUUUUCAAUUAGAAGAUACGACGAAUCGAUGUUAAUUUCUUAUCAAUACUAUUAAUAAUUUGUAACCCAAUUUGCAUUAACUUAUAGCCGUCCUGUAUACAUCGAUUCGAUGGGAAACUACAUAAAAUUCGAUUACACUAUAUUGAGAAUUCAUUAUUCUUGGUUUUUUAUCGGCAAGUAAUUUUUUUUUCCUUUAUUAAAUCGAUUCGUUGUAAAGAUUUAUUAUCUAAACUCAUAAACUUGUGUUUCGUAUAUGAAAUUUAUCGUUUACUACACAAUACCAGCGUUAAUAUUUUCCUAAACAGAAUUUUUGAUAUUAAUAUUAUUUCUUACUUCAAAUUUAUCUGAAGUAAAUAAACAGAAUGUAGUCAUUUUUUUCACAUUUUUUACAUAUUUUUUUGUGAAUGUACAAAUUUGUCAAGUCGAUACGUACUAUUUUUUAACUUGAUUGUCAACUAUGUGAGAUUUUUCAUUCUUGCCUGCUGUUUUUUUUUAGUUCAACAGCUAUACAAAUAAUUAAUUGAUAAUUUUACUACAUGGAAUUGUUUUUUUUUCUACAUUAUAUUAUUACACUCUACACGAGAUAAAUAUUUAUGAUCGUGUAAAUUAAAAUGAGAGCCAAUGUCGAAAGCUGAGCUUUUGAAGUAUACAUAAAGAGUUUAUGCAAUCGAAUAAUAUAAAAUAAUAUAUUAAUAGAAUAUAUUUACAAAGAAGUGUGUAUUAGCGAAUCCUCGUCCUUUAUUAAAAAUCGCGCUGUCCUGUUCCAUGUGAUUUUUUAUCGCUAAUUUAUAGUCUAACUAAAAUAGCGUAAUAAAAAAAAAUAUGUUGAAUGUUAAAGAAAAAGUUAUUAUCAAAUAAGAUAUAUUAUAAUAAACGUCAAUAUGUCUAUAAUAACAUGCUUGUAUUUAGAUACUAGAAUAUAAAGAUAUAAUUGUUAAUAGCAUCAGCACUAAAUGAUGCGUGUACAACAAACCGCACUAUCCUUACUUAAUGCUAACUAACAAAUUUGAUGUUACAAAUGUAAAAGUCCAGCGGCAUCUUCGUACCUAAAAUUGUGCACGCGCUUUUGUAAUCUACACCUCGAUUUUAACGGGCACUUGAGGAUUUUCGGUUUUUUGUAACGAGAAAACACCGGAUACUGUUGCAAUAUUAAAUUUUUUUUUUUUAUUAAUUUUUUUGUUUCUAAUCAACGGUCAAAUAGCUUCAAUUUAGUACACGUUACUGAAUAAUAUGGUUUUCUUUUUAAUUACUUUUGCUGUCCAUAUUAUCUCAUAGAUAGUUUGCUUAAAUUAUUUACAUUAAAUAAAUAUUGCAUAAUUAUUUUAUGCUUUACUUAUUGCCUACAAAGAAAAUACUGUAUACUUUUCUGUAAAAAUUGAGAGUACAUAUAAGUAAUAUAAUGCAAUGCCUAUAAGAUCUUAAAUAAUAAAAAUCAUAUUUUUUUGUAACACAUAUAUAUGUGCCGUUGAUCGGAUCAUUUUUGUGACUUACCAAUACUUACAAUUUUGAGAUUGUACUCAAGGAUCUCAUGUGUUUAUUAACAUCUAAAGUAUUAUAAUUUUUCAUUACUUUCUCUAUUGUAUUAAUUUUUUCUCUCAGCUAUCAUGUAUUUCUGAAAUUAACAUAAUUCGCUAACCAAAGACUAUCUAUAUUUAUAUUUUUUCUCAUGUAUUUCUGUCUCUAAUCAUAGUUAAUAAUUUUUUUUAUACUUAUUAAGAAAAAUCGAAAACUAAAUUAUUGCUCGACAUUGAAAUUUUUGUCAAUAGAAUUAUAGAAAUUGUAAUAAAGUAAUGUUUAAUUUUCAUUAAUACAUGACAAUUUAAUAGUCAUUUAAUUAGAUCUGAAAGCAAAAUUUUUUUUUUUAGUUAAUGUGAUAGUGAACCAGUGCAGAAUAUCCAAUUUAUCAAAAUUUGUUUAAGUGUGAUGAAAAAUAUUAGUUAUGUAAUCUGCAUUGCUCCACUAAAAAAUUGUCGAGUCAUAAUAACAUUAUACUCUAAGUAUGUUUCAGUAUCCAAUUGAUAUAUGUAAUAUUUGAAUGUAAUUUUAUUUUUACCAUUAUAAUUAUUCUAGUUGUUCUUGUCAGUGGUAAUCAAUUAAUUGAUUUAAUAAUAUUUAUGUAUGUUAUUUCUUAAAUAUUUAAUUGAGUGUGAAAUGUUUUUUAUUAAGUAGGAAACAAUAAUAAUUAUUGUUAGUAAAGAAAACAAUAAAAUGUACCUUGGUUUGAGAAAACAACUAAUUAUAUGAUUGAUAUUAUGUCAAUUUAUAUCACUUAUUAUACUAUUCGACAUGUAAAAUAAGCAUUUUAUGUUUAUUAAAUAAAAGAAAAAUUCUGAAUAAAUACAAAAUGAACCAAGUAACGCUUUCGGUGUUUUCUAGGUGGAAAAUUGAAUAACAGUGAAUCAUGUAUGUCGGAUAAAAAAUUUAAGUAUAAUAAUACAGCAAAAUAUGUAGAUAUAUAUUUGAAAAUAAAUCACAUGAAAAGCGUUUAAUGUGAAGACAAGUAAUAAAAUAAAAUUUAAAUGUCACAUAUAAAUACAUCAAUGUUCCCUAUUUAGUUAUAUAAUCUAUUAUUUCAUUCAAACAAAAGAUUUCAUGUACUGAAUAUUGAUUUAUUCAAUUUUUAUAUAAUAUAAAGGGAGUGUUCAAUCGUGUAAAACGAUGGGCAUACAUAGCAAUGAGGACAUUGCCUGACAAAUUAAUUUUUCUUAUAUUCAGUUUUGUUUUUAUUGUAACCAUAUUAAAAUACCAACAUAUAUUAAAUGAUUUUAGUGCCAAAAAUAGAAA